AUGCUUAACAUAGCCACAAACCUUGCCAACGGCGUCGCUGAGGUUCUCAGCAAUGAUCUGUUCCCUCUUGCUGCAUUUACGGCCGCUGUUGCUAUUGCCAACGAAUAUGAGGAGGAGCCCCAAAUGCUCCCCAGAACCGGAGCCCGCGCUCAGUUUAGCCUGCCACCCAGAAACGAACCAUCUGUUGACUUCGAUCCAGAGUCUCCAAGAGAGCCAUCACCAAUACCUGGGUUUUAUGACGACGAAGAAGAAAUAGAAGACCUGGAGAAGCAAUUAUUCGGUCAAGAACACGGUCAACUCAACUCGACAGAUCAGCCUUCAGACACAGAAGAGGAGAUAGAAAAGUGGAUUGAAUCACAGGGAGAAAUCGAAAUCAAUGACACAUGCGAGAAUGAGAACAAUCCAAAUGAUGUAGAAGCAAGUUCGACUUGGAGCAACUCCACAUCGUCAGACGAGAGUGAUCUUUCAGCACAUUCCAACCAAGAUGAUAAAGUGGACGCCUUUUCAACAGAGGGUCUGGAGCACCUUCGCAAUAUCAGGGUUUAUCUGGGGCUUGAGCCCGACGAGACCCCACUUGCAGUCUUGUAUAAGCUGGCGCGCUUCCGAGACCAGCUCUGGGAAGAUCGGGGCGACAAAACGAAAGACGGGAUCAGAAGUUCUUACUUCGGCGAAGAAUACGAACCUCUACCGUUCAGCCGGCAGCAUGAGAUCAUGCACGAGAGCUUCCUCGCUCAAGUGAAUAUCAUUGACUGGGUCGGUGUUCUUUCGAAUCACGCCCAAACUAUCUCAGAGCAGGAGUUUGACAUCAUCGAGGAUUUCCUCGCUAUCAUGUACGGUCAGCGGGAAUGGACAGGCUCUGAAUAUCCGGAGAGAGAAGGCAGAUCACGCCAAGAGAUCGCUCAAUGGCGAGAAAGAUAUUAUCUUCACGGGGAGCGCGAUCGAUCGAAAUUGAGAUUCCCUGUAAGAAAAUCGUUUGAUGGCAAACCAGCGGAGUUACCUCCGGAAGCAGACUGGAACGACUUCACACAAAUGGUGAUGAGAUUGCCCGACGAAGAACGCCACAAUAUGCUGUCUACGAAGGACGAAGCCAUCAGGAAAUCGGAGGUGAAUAUGAAACUCCAGCAUGCCCUCGCUACCGGGCACUUCCUGGCCAUCCAAGACGACAUCCGCAAGGGUGUCGCGCUACUUCAGGCUCUGAACAGUCAAGUCAACGACAGUUUCUUCAUUCUGGGGAAAUCUAUCGAUUUUGUCAUGCAGGAGCAUGCGGAUCUGAUCCUGCCACAGACAUUCCCUGACCGAGUCAUCGAAAUAUCUGCCUAA